UGCCUUCAUGGCGCAGCAGGUGGGUGCGAAUCUGAAGGAGCAAGCCUGGGCUACACCAGCUGCCAUUAAGAAACUCGGGGCUGAUUCAGUGACGAAUCUUCGAACCGAGUACGCCGCUAUCACACGCACUAUGACAGUUUACAUACGCAAUAGCACCACUGAGAAUGUCCUGAUCCGCCCCGUCAAG